CCGCCCUAUUCCAAACAAGCUCCGGUCAAUUCCCACUGGCCAUUCCUUUUAGUUCGCGCCUCUUCAAUCUCCAGUCUUCAGGCUGUGGAAGGUCAGAACCAAGACUGUCGCACAGUCAUAAUCGCUCGACAGUCCGCCCUUAACCUGAUCUCCGUUCAGUUGUCGAGUGGUUCAGCCGUCGUUCAAGCUCCAGUGUCAUCACCGUCUUUCCUGCGGAGGAAGAAAUGACUAUCAGUAGUCUCGUUUUAGGUGCUGGACAAGAAGUCGGGAAGAGUUGUGUGGUGGUGUCCAUUAAUGGAAAGAGGAUCAUGUUCGACUGUGGUAUGCAUAUGGGUCAUCUCGAUCACCGCCGUUAUCCUGAUUUUUCUCUCAUCUCCAAGUCUGGCGAUUUUGAUAGUGCUUUGACCUGUAUUAUCAUCACCCAUUUUCAUUUGGAUCACAUUGGAGCUCUACCUUAUUUCACCGAAGUUUGUGGGUACAAUGGACCUAUAUACAUGACAUAUCCUACAAAAGCUUUGGCUCCACUGAUGUUGGAGGAUUAUAGGAAAGUGAUGGUUGAACGAAGGGGAGAAGAAGAACAAUUCAGUUCUGAUCACAUUCUAGAAUGCAUGAAAAAAGUUACAGUUGUGGACCUGAAACAAACCAUCUAUGUAGAUGAUGCCCUUCAGAUCCGUGCAUACUAUGCAGGCCAUGUUAUUGGAGCUGCAAUGUUUUAUGCCAAAGUGGGAGAUUCUACUAUGGUUUACACAGGUGACUAUAAUAUGACACCCGAUAGACAUCUGGGAGCUGCUCAAAUUGAUCGUCUACAAUUGGACCUGGUUAUAACAGAGUCAACUUAUGCAACGACUGUCCGCGAUUCAAAACAUGCCCGGGAGAGAGAAUUUCUUAAAGCUGUCCAUAAAUGUGUUGCAAGUGGAGGAAAGGUGCUUAUUCCCACACUUGCUCUUGGAAGAGCUCAGGAACUAUGCAUGCUUUUGGAUGAUUACUGGGAGCGGAUGGACAUUAAAGUUCCUAUUUACUUUUCAGCAGGUUUGACCAUUCAAGCUAAUAUGUAUUACAAAAUGCUCAUCAACUGGACCAACCAAAAGGUGAAAGACACGUAUGCUAGUCGGAAUGCAUUUGAUUUUAAAAAUGUUUGCAGUUUUGACCGCUCGAUAAUUAAUGCACCUGGACCGUGUGUUCUAUUUGCCACACCUGGUAUGCUUAUUGGUGGAUUCUCACUUGAAGUGUUCAAGCAAUGGGCUCCUGAUGAAUUAAAUCUUGUUACAUUGCCUGGAUAUUGCCCUGUUGAAACAAUAGGUCAUUCAUUAAUGUCAGGUAAACCCACUAAAAUUGUCUUGGAUGAUAAAAAACAAAUAGAUGUGCGAUGCCAGAUUCAUCAGCUGUCCUUCAGCGCUCAUACUGAUUCCAAAGGAAUUAUGGACCUGAUGAAAUUCCUCGCUCCUAAGCAUGUAAUCCUCGUUCAUGGCGAAAAGCCCAAGAUGACCUCUCUUAAAGCAAAGAUUGAAUCCGAACUUAAUAUUCAAUGCUUUGAUCCUGCAAAUAAUACAACAGUUACUAUUCCAUCCACAAACUAUGCAGUUGUAGAUCAAUCUCCCACUUUUGUUAAAAGUUCAACCACUCCAAACUUCAAGUUUCUACUCAGCCCUGACAAGUCCCAUCUAGUGGUCUCUGAUUUAAGAGUUGCAGAAGGGAUUCUUGUUUCGGAAAAUAAUUCAAAAACUAAGGUUGUUCAUCAAGACGAGCUGUUGGCUAUGGUUGGGGAGAAUAAACAUGGAAUUCAAUUUGCUUAUUGUUGCCCUGUAAGCAUUAGAAAUGAAGAAAGCACGAAGAAGAUGGUGGAUAACUGUUAUUGGAUUCGUUGUUUAUAUUCUUCCCUUUUAAGUGAACUGCCUGAAGAGAAUGUUCGGGAUUGUGGGGAAAACAUAACUGUUGAAUCUGUUUGUGUUUCUGUUUGCAUGAAGGAGAAGUGCGACUACAGAAUUGGUAUCUCUUGUUCUGGAGCAAAAAUAUUGCAUUUUUGCUGUAGCUGGUUCAUGCCUGACGAGAUUGUUGCCACGAAAGUCAUAUCUGUUUUGAAGAAUUUGGUCAUCGGCUUUGAAUAGCAC